AUGACCUUCCAAGCCCUCAAGCUAGCUUCAAGAAAUAUCUUGAAGGAUUUGCACCAUGAGAAUAUAGUACGGUAUCAUGACCGCUACGUUGACCGCGAUGCGGGCAUCCUCUACAUCCUCAUGGAGUAUUGCGGCGGCGGCGACCUCUCGAGCAUCAUCAAGCAGGCUCAACGACACCAACGCCCCAUCCCGGAAGAUACUGUCUGGAACUACUUCAUGCAGCUCUGUCUCGCGCUGAGCUACUGCCAUCAUCCGAACGGACAAGGGCAGGGACGUUUGAGCGGGGGACCCGACAGUGCUGACGAAAAGGGAAAACGCGCGCAAAUUUUGCACCGGGAUUUGAAGCCGGAUAAUGUGUUCCUCGAUGAGAACAACUGUGUCAAACUUGGCGAUUUUGGCCUGUCCAAGGCUCUUUCUCAAGCGAGUUUUGCGCAAACAUAUGUCGGAACGCCCUAUUACAUGUCCCCUGAGCUCAUGCAAGAGAAAGCGUACGACUCUAAGUCUGAUAUCUGGUCUCUCGGCUGUCUCAUCUUCGAACUCUGCGCACUCAAACCGCCGUUCGCGGAAGCGAAGACCCAUGCCGAGCUGAGCAUACUCAUCCGGAACGGCCGCAUCCCGCCUCUACCCAAGGGCUACAGCCCCGCUCUCUCAAGUGUCAUCAAAGCCAUGCUGAACCUCAAUCCCGCGAUGCGGCCAAGCGCUGCGCAACUGCUGCAGCACGAGAGGCUAGAUCUCGCGUUCAAGGUCGCAGAGACGCAGAAGAUGUUGAACGCUGUUAAGGUGCACAAGACAAACGUCGUCGCGCGCGAACGAGAUAUCGCAGCGCGAGAGGCAACGCUUGUCGAAAAGGAGAACACGCUGACAUCGUUAGUCGCGGUGAAGGACGCCGAAAUUACAUCGCUUCGUGCACUGCUAGCGACGGCAGAGGAGAGUCAUCAAGCGAAAAUCCGUGAAGCUCUGCUUAAGCGCGAGGAGGAGCUCCGCGCGAUGGUGCUCAAACACGAGGCGGACGUUGCAAUGCGCAUGGCCCGCCGCGAAGAAGAAAUCAUGGAGUCUGUCCGGCGGCGCGAGGAAGAGAUUGCGAAGAUGUGGGCUGACUGGGAGCGCGAGACGCGGGAGGGUAUGGCGCGCGCUGUUGAGGAACGCAUGGCCUGGGUCGAGACGCAGACCGCCGAGCUCGAGAAGGAGCGCGACCGCUUGCUAAGCGCACACACGGAACUUGAGCGCCGCUGCGAGCAGGCUGAGAAAGAGCUCGCCGCGAGUCGUCGCGAGGGCAAGACCCCGCUUGAGAGCGUCAAGAAUCUGAUGCGCCAGCCAUUGUGGGACGAGGAGACCGUGCAGCAGACGCCGUUGAAAAGCAAGCCUCCUAUCUUCGAGACACCCAUACGCGCAAACACUGCGGAUUUCAGCCCACCAAGUGCGAUGAAGGGUGUUGUACUCACAGCGACGGGCCAACACCUUGCCACGCCGAGCCCUGCCGAGUUUGCGAAACUUUUUAUGGAGACCCCCAAGGUCUCACUCAACUUCGCGCAGAUCUUUGACUUCGAGAGCGAUACGGACGACUACGAUGCUGAGGGAUACGAGACGGAUACACACGUUUUGCAGAGUCUUGCUGCGACCAUUCGAGGACGGAAGCGUGCACAGAUGCAUGAUAGCGAGCCCGACGAAGACGAUGAGGACGAGGACGUUGAACGCACACCCAAGCAAGCUGUGCAACCUCUGGUCAAGCCUACAGGGCUCCGGCGACCGUCGAUACGCGCGUCGAGCUCGCGGUCUCCGAUUAUCGAGUCGAUAUCGGCACCGUCAAUUCCUUCAUCAUCGUCACGUCCGUCAUCCCGUCCAUCAUCCCGCGCAAGCUCAUCCUCAGCAACCUCGACGGUAUCAUCAUCUACAGUGACAGCGCGUACCAGAUCACGAGCACGCCCUGCUACAGGCGCAGGAACACGCUCGACAGGCUUUGUGCCCUCGCGCGAGACGCCCGAGUACGACAUAUCAGACGAAGAGAAUUUGCCGAGUCCAUUCCUGAAGAAGAUCGACCGCGAGCGGAUAGCACGUACCGCAUCUGUACCUGCACUGCAACAUACCAUGAAGUCUGACGCACAUGUUGCCUCUGCGCUUCCACGCACGCGGACAGCGAACGCACGCAAGAGCGGCCCAAGCACACUACGCGCUGUCGCCGUUGUCAACGCCGCGCAGGCUGUGAAUGGGCACGGAACUACAACCAACCGCAGUGCAGGCAACGCAGGCGCACGCGCCCCGAGUCGCACAGCGAGUGCGGCGCCGACAGUGCAUGCGGGAGUACGGACGAGUAUACAGAAGGCUCGAAACGCCAGCGAGGAUGCGAGGAAAGCUCUUGCGUUCCGAGCGUAGUGAUUUCCUUUGUCUUUUCCGCAUCUACUUCGAGGAUAGACUCAACGGAUGACAUCAGCCAGCGUUAUUUACCUUAACAGUAUUUUCCUUCUCGUCGCGGCUUUGGUUAUUUCGUCCGCACGUGCUGUUGAUUAAGCUCCCAGCUCUUGCGACACCUCCCCCCACUCUGGAUACUGCCAACGUCAUUCGGUUCUGCCACCACCCUGCAUUGUUCGCCGUCAUAUUGCAUCCGCUCAUCGGAUGUCUAUCCAUGCAAACGCACAUAAAUUCUUAAGGAUAUAUACCCCCCUUCCCCCUCCCCUUCGAUUGUAUCAUUUUAUAAUGCAACUACUGCGACAUGACGUUCUGCCUUGAGCUUUGGGCACUUGUUUGGUGGGGAUUGAUUUGUGAGUAGUAAGUGUGCUCUUGGUGGGUGUCUGGGCUUUACGUUUGGCAAUAUGGUAGGGAAACUCAGGCUAUAUGAAGGU